CUCGCCCUCCAUCUUGAAACCCAAAGAGAAGACAGUCAAACGAGUUUCUUCCAAAACCAAUCUGCUAUGGUUCGUCACGAUGUCGAAAACGGGGGUCGCAAAGGCGGGUUUGUACGAGCAGGAAUAAGGAGUGUCUCUGGAGCCGUCGGCUUGGCAUCUGAGAGCAUCAAAUCACGCAAAACAGAACGCCAAAGCCCUCAAGGUGAACGUCCGACAGCGCCGCGCUCGGAAAGCGCUGAUGCAGUUAGCGAAUCGUUAUCGACUUCACAAGCAGAUGAAGCCGGAGGGGAUCUUGAGAAUGAGUGGAAUCUGGACGACGCUCAGGACCAGAUUGCCGAGGGACAGACCCGAACUGCCGUUGACGCAGAACCCAAGCUCACCUUUUUCGAUAAGUAUUGUCAAAAUACUGAUCGCUUCUCGACCGGACAGCUCGCGCUGCCUGUCGUUCUUCCUCAGCGACGCCCAAGAGACCGUUCGCGUGGGUUCAUUCGAGCUUACGCGCCGAUGCUACAAGAUGUGAGCAUCGACCAGACGACCUGGCUCGACUUUCUUGAUACACUGCAAAAGUCGAGCGCUGCGGAUCCUUGGCUGAAUGCCAUCAACAUGGCUUCUAUUGGCACCAUGUUCAUGCCUCACGUUAUCGGCAUUGCUGUAUCAUACGCCAUCCAACAGGCCACCAACAUUGCUAUCGAGAUGCAAGCCCGAUUCAGGACUGCUACAGCUUUGCGCAAACUCAACGAAGAGUUCUUCCAGCCUCGGGGACUUUACUGCCUAAUCAUGGUAUGGAAUCCAGAAUCGAGUAACAUGGUGGAGCAGGUCAACAUCAACGACACUGUUACAGACCUUAGCAACGUACCGCAUGGUGUUACAGGUGUCCAGAAAAAGUUCAGAUCAUCUGAUGGGACCACAUAUGGAGAAAUGGCAUUCCCUGAAGUGGCACCGCUCACCUUCCCCACCCUGGAUGAGCUGGCAGCGCAAACUGGGCAAAAGGCAGCAGAGAAAAAGAGUAGCGUAGCAAAAGGCAUGACUUUUGUUGCUAAAUAUUGGGACAAGAGAGCAACAGCAGAAUAUUCCAUGCAGAAUCCGGAUAGCGUCCUAGCACAGGUUCCCCAAGGCGAGUUCAGCUCGAGAUAUGCCGACCCCAAUCAUGCCGCAGCCAGCGGAUCGCUGAUAUCGUUCGUUUCGGGAGGUAAGCUCAUCCCCGGACCCAACUCGCGAGGCCUGAUAGGAGGCUUUGCUUCAGUCAUCAGACAAGCCGCUCGAGGAGAGAAGCAAGGCUCAGAGUGGGAAUCAUAUGCAGUCGGGCAGAGACAAAACGCCCAAAGGCAGGAGAAGCGUGGAAUUAUUCCAAAUCCUAUUCGCACAUACAAGAAGCUGUUGGCAAAGAACGUACUGUAUUUGAUGGUCGUAAAUAUGCCAUCGGAGGAAGAAAUGGCAACAGCUAGGGCCGCAACUCACAGCUGAGGAGUGUUGCAUUAGUCGAACUUAUAAUCUCGUAUCUGAAUCACAGGGUUGACCCUGACAUCCCUCCGUACGCUGUUAUGAAAAAGGGUCCACUGGGUC